GAAGAACUGCAAGUCCCAGAAUGCCUUGCUGUGCCUCGCCUGCCACCGCUUCCCUGCUGUGGACGCCCGCAAGCAGGUUGUUGUUUUUAUGAGGCGUCACUGGCGUCUGGAGCGCGGACGCCGCCACGGUGACAGCUGGCGCGGUCGGGCGGAAGAGGCGCUGUCUUCGGACCUGAAAAAUGUCUGAAAGUUCCAGUGACAGUGACUCAUCUUGUGGCUGGACUGUCAUCAAUCAUGAGGGUUCUGACAUAGAGAUCGUGAAUUCUGCCACAGCCAGUGACAACUGUGAACUGACUCUAGAAUGUUCCUCAUUAGAACAAGAGGUGCUGCAAGUUCUUUAUGUGGAGCAUGGAGGUGGAGAAAGCCGCGCAAACAGCAUGUCAUCAGUGGGAGAAACCAUGUUGUCAUCAAUGAGAGAAACUGAGUCAGCAAUUGAGGUGGAGGAAGCAACUUCUCCUGAAGACAAUGUCUAUUUCGGAACUACUAGUGAUGAUUCGGAUAUUGUUACACUUGAACCACCUAAGCUGGAAGAAAUGGGGAUCCAGGAAGCUACAAAUAUUCAAGAAGCCCCCAGCUCAGAUGACCUUAACAUGGGUUCUUCCUCCAGCAGCCAGUACACCUUCUGCCAGCCUGAGCCCGUCUUUUCAUCUCAGCCUAGUGAUGAGGAAUCCAGUAGCGAUGACACCAGCCUCGAGCCCAGCCCUGCUCCUAGACGCCGCCGCAACAGGAAGAAGACCGUUUCUAUCUCAGAGUCUGAGGAGCAUCCACUCGCUGAGCCAGAGGAUGAGCCCUCCAAGGAGCCAAGUAAACACCACUUUAGUGGUGGGCUCAACAGAUGUGUUAUCCUGGCCUUGGUGAUUGCUGUCAGCAUGGGAUUUGGACAUUUCUAUGGCACAAUCCAGAUUCAGAAGCGUCAGCAGUUAGUCAGCAAGAUCCACGAAGAUGAGCUGAAUGGUGUGAAGGGUUCUCUCUCACAACGCCAGCAGGGACAAGAGUCUUUCCUAGAUCUCAAGUCAUUGAAAGAAAACCUUGAGAGAUGUUGGACCACUACUGAAUCAGAGAAGGUUACCUUUGAAACUCAGAAGAAGAACCUUGCUGCAGAAAACCAGUAUUUGCGAAUAUCUCUGGAGAAGGAAGAGAAAGCUCUAUCUUCAUUACAUGAAGAGUUACGGCAACUACGGGAGCAGAUUAGAUUGUUGGAGGAUAAAGGCACAAGUACCCAGUUAGUUAGGGAGAACCAGGUUCUUAAGCAGUACUUAGAAGUGGAAAAACAGAAAACAAAUAGCUUCCUUAAUGAAAGGGAGACUCUCCUGGAGGAAGCAAGGAUGCUGAAAGGGGACCUGGAGAGAGAACGGCUCACAGCAAUGGCUCUGCGGGCACAACUUGAGCAGUUAGUCCCUUGCCAGGCACAGGGCCACGCAGAGUCUUCUGGUGUGCAGUCUGAAGAGAAGGAAGUCGUGCUGCUCCAGCAGAGGCUUGCUGAGCUGGAGCACAAGCUCAGCUUUGAGCAGCAGCGCUCUGAUUUGUGGGAGAGGCUGUACGUUGAGGCGAAGAAUCAACAUGGAAAGCCGGAGAUGGAUGGGAGGAGGAGAGGAAGCAGAGGAAGCCACAGGACGAAAAGCAAGUCGAAGGAGACAUUUCUGGGGACAGUUAAGGAAACAUUUGAUGCUAUGAAGAAUUCUACCAAGGAGUUUGUGAGACAUCAUAAGGAAAAAAUCAAGCAGGCAAAAGAAGCUGUGAAAGAAAAUCUUAAAAAGUUCUCAGAUUCGGUCAAAUCCACUUUUCGGCAUUUCAAAGAUACUACCAAGAAUAUCUUUGAUGAAAAGGGCAGUAAGAGAUUCAGGGCUCCAAAAGAAGCAGCAACUGAAAAGCCAAGAACAGCUUAUAGUUAUUCUUCAUACUCAAAGCAGGAGGCACCAAACCAAAACCAGAAUUGCAGACAGCCUUCUGCACAAAGGGAUGGAGGAAGAGAAAAGCCCAGUCACUCUGAAGACAUUAGAAAAAAUGGAAAUUCAUAUACAUACAAGGCCAAGUUUGACUGCAGAGGCACCCACUCCACCAGAAGGGUUUGUUCAGGUAUGUUUGAGUGUGCUGGACAGGAAUUCAUUAGCCCUACUAAUAAAGCGAGUCCUGUUAGGAUGAGUGACUUUAAACAGCUGAUUCACUGGUACUUACUGAAUGAACUGGAUACUUUUAACCACUGGAAAGAACUGGAUCAGUUCAUCAGUCCGUUUUUUCCGAAUGGUGUCUUUAGACAUGACCAGAAGCUCUUCGCUGACUUUGUUGAUGAUGUGAAAGGUUACCUUAAGAGCAAAAAGGAGUAUCAAGUAGAGGAUGGCAAUUUGGAGAAGUUGGAUGGAUGUAUAUAUAGACACUUUGGGCACGCUUUCGCCCUUCCAUUUGGACCCAGUCGACCUGAUAAAAAGCAACGUAUGGUAAAUAUUGAAAACUCCAGGCACCGAAAACAAGAGCAGAAGCCCCUUCAUCUGCAGCCUUAUAGAAGGGAAGGUAAAUGGCGUAACUAUGGUCGCGCUAAUGGAAGACACACGGCAAAUCUUGAGAUAGAACUGGGGCAGCUACCUUUUGCUCCUAAGUACUGACUCAUGAUUAAGUUAAACUAGAAAGUUAACAGAUGUGGAUGCUUUCUACUUCAUUUGAUGUUGAAAUUAAGAUGAACUCCCCAUGACUGUCUUUAUAUUAUGCAAAAGCAAAGCUUACUAACUUGCAUUUUACUGUAGUUUAAGUUUGUUAAAAACAAAAACUUUUUUUUUUUGCUCUGGAAAAAAAAAUGGUAGUUUUAUUGAGGAAGCCAGGCAUGAAACAUUCUAUGCAUGAAACAAGGCUUGGUUUGAGAAGCUAAGCUUAGGGCGAGCAGCUUGGCUCACACAGGGCGGUAAGUGUUGUGGGCAGGUGCGCAGCAGGGCUUGAGGACUGAGCUGAGGUGGGACUCUGCUCUAACAUUUCUACUCUCACGCUUUUGUCUCUCUGUGGGUUCAAGAGCCCGUUGGCUUGUGAAGAGCUUGCUGGCUUGCCAUGUGAACUCUCUUGUGCACCCGAAUGCUAUGGAAGAAACAAUAAACUGCACCAUGAGGAAAACUAA